AUGCGUUUUACCGGUAUUUUUCUUCUACUCAUAAUUGGUGCUUCUAUUGAUACAGUUUCGCCUUUAACAUGGAAUGAUUUUAUAUCGAAACUAAAAGAGAUCUUCAAUAUUGAUCCAUUAGCUGUAAUCAAGGAUAAAGCAUGUUCAUAUUUUGCUGAACAUCCAGAUCGUGCUAAUAUCACAUUGAUCAGGAUAAGUGAAAUACUACGAAGAACAAAUGAAACAACACAACUUUUUGAUAAUACUCUAACCUUUAUAAAUACUCCUGAGAAUCAACUGAAGCUAGUUAAUGGUACAAGCGGCUGUCCAACAUUCUUUGAUGAAUUUAAAAAUGCGCUUGUGAGUGAUUAUCAACGUGUACAACCCAAUUUGGAAAAUGCUCGACAAAAUGCAGUGAAUAAAAUAAAAGAAUUUUAUAAUGCUUAUAAGCUUUGGUGA